CACUAGGGCGAAAGGUUCUUAACAUCUGUACAGUAUAAAAUUGAUUUUGAAAUCGUGUGCGAUCAACAGAGCAGCCAUGGACAAAUACGAGAAGCUUGAGAAGGUAGGAGAAGGAACGUACGGCAAGGUGUACAAGGCGAAGGAGAAAGCGAGUGGACAACUGGUAGCUCUGAAGAAGACUCGACUGGAAAUGGACGAGGAAGGCGUCCCUCCCACUGCCCUCCGAGAGGUUUCCCUCCUCCAGAUGCUCUCCCAGUCUCUCUACGUCGUUCGCCUCCUCUGUGUCGAGCACGUUGAUUCUCCUUCCAAAACCGAUGGAUCUCCCUCCAAGGCUAACCUCUAUCUUGUAUUCGAAUACCUUGAUACCGAUCUCAAGCAAUUCAUCGACUCUCAUCGCAAGGGAACAAACCCUAGGCCUCUCCCUCCAGCACUCAUCCAGAGCUUUCUCUACCAGUUAUGCAAGGGCGUUGCUCACUGUCACAGCCAUGGUGUCCUUCAUCGGGAUCUCAAGCCCCAAAACCUGCUCCUCGACAAAGAGAAGGGCAUCCUCAAGAUUGCUGAUCUCGGCCUCGCUCGUGCCUUCACCGUUCCUCUCAAGUCCUACACUCACGAGAUCGUUACUCUCUGGUACAGGCCUCCCGAGGUGCUUCUCGGCUCUACUCACUAUUCCACCGGGGUUGACAUCUGGUCUGUUGGCUGCAUCUUCGCUGAAAUGGCUAGAAGACAAGCUCUUUUCCCUGGGGACUCCGAGUUUCAGCAAUUGCUUCACAUAUUCAGGUAA